AUGACUGCAGCUCCCACCAUCCUCGCUACUCCCAACAACAAUGUCCUCACCACCAGCAAUGGUGAUCCCGUCGAUGACAACCAGAACUCACUUACUGCUGGCGAGUAUGGUCCCAUUCUGAUCCAGGACUUCCAUUUGCUCGACAAACUCGCACACUUUGACCAUGAGCGCGUCCCCGAGCGCGUGGUCCAUGCCAAGGGUGGUGGAGCCCAUGGAGAGUUUGAGGUGACCGCGGACUUGUCUCAAAUCACCUGCGCAAAGUUCCUGUCCAAGCCCGGAACCAAGACCCCGAUGUUUGCGCGCUUCUCGACGGUCGCAGGCGAGAAAGGUAGCAGUGACUCUGCUCGUGAUCCCCGUGGAUUCGCCCUCAAGUUCUAUACCGAGGACGGUAACUGGGACAUGGUCGCCAACAACACCCCUGUCUUUUUCGUUCGCGACCCUCUCAAGUUCCCUGACUUUAUCCACAGCCAGAAGCGCAACCCUCAGACGAACUUGAAAGAUGCUGAUGCCUACUGGGACUUUUUGUCGCUGUCGCCAGAAUCGCUCCACCAGACCACGAUCCUGUUCUCGAACCGCGGUACUCCUUACUCGUUCCGCCACAUGGACGGCUUCUCGUCCCACACGUACAAGCUCGUCAAUGAUCAGGGUAUCGCUCGCUUGGUCAAGUGGCACUUCAAGACGGACCAGGGUAUCAAGAACCACAGCAACGAGGAGGCUAUGGAGCUCAAUGGCACGAACCCUGACAGUAACGUCGAGGAUCUGUUCAAUGCUAUUGAAGCGGGUGAUUACCCUACAUGGACCGUCUACCUGCAAGUUAUGGAGGAGGCGGAUGCAGCCAACUACAAAUGGAACGUUUUUGAUGUCACAAAGGUGUGGCCACAUGCUGACUACCCUCUCCAGAAGAUCGGAAAGUUGACUCUGAACCGCAACCCGACCAACUACUAUGCGGAAGUUGAGCAGGCGGCGUUCUCGCCCGCGCACUUGGUCCCCGGUACUGAUGUGACGAACGACAAGAUGUUGCAGGGCCGUCUCUUCUCCUACUCUGAUACGCACCGCCACCGUCUCGGAGUCAACUACAAGCAGCUGCCGAUCAACCAGGCCUACCGCACCAAGGUCAACAACUACCAGCGUGAUGGCGCCUCCGUAUUCUCGGAGAAUUUCAGGAACUACCCGAACGCUGAGCCCCAGAGCAAAGACCCUAAUGGUCCUAAGCAGCAGGAUAAGGAUGUUCGUUACAAGGCAUCAUCUGUGCAGUUGAAUGGAGGAACGGGUCGGUACCCAUUCCGCAAGGGAGAUAAUGAUUUUGAGCAGCCCGGUAACUUGUACAGGCUCAUGAAGGGCAAGGAGCAAGACGAUUUGAUCAAGAACAUUGUGGCCCAUAUGAAGAACGUGAAGAACGUUGAGAUUAUCAAGCGCCAGAUCGGGUUGUUCAACAAAGCUGAUCCGGAGUGGGGCAGGAAGGUCGAGGAUGGUCUCAAGGCUGUUGGCAAGAAGUUGUAA